CAGCGAAGGUGUUGCGAGAGAGACCGGCUGUUGCAAAAAAAAAUGGAUCAGCUUUGCAAACUUUUUGUCGGUGGCUUAAACGUCCAGACCACAAAUGAUGGACUUCGAGCGCAUUUUGAACAAUACGGCACCCUAACUGACUGCGUUGUCGUUCAGAAUGAGCAGUUGCAGCGCUCCCGUUGUUUCGGCUUCGUUACGUACUCCACACCCGAAGAGGCAGAUGCAGCAAUGGCCGCUAGGCCACAUGUUGUGGAUGGUAAAAACGUGGAGUUGAAGAGAGCUGUGGCUCGGGAAGACGCGGGCAAGCCUGAGGCUCUUGCCAAAGUGAAGAAGAUAUUCGUCGGUGGACUGAAAGAAGACAUCGGUGAGAAAGAGCUCACCGACUUUUUUACACAGUUUGGUACAGUUGAAAAGGCUGAAGUCAUCACUGACAAAGACACCGGCAAGAAGCGCGGAUUUGGCUUUGUUCACUUUGAAGAUAACGACUCGGCCGACAAGGCCGUUGUGUUGAAGUUCCACACAAUUAACGGGCACAAAGUGGAGGUAAAGAAAGCGCUAACUAGACAGGAGAUCCAGGCAGCCGGUGGAGGUCGGGGAGGCAGAGGGAGAGGUGGAAGAGGAAUGGGAAGGAAUCAAAAUGGCUUCGGCGGUGGAAGAGGUGGUUACAACUAUGGGGGUGGCUACGGCGGAGGCUACGGAAGUAACGACGGCGGGUAUGGCGGCGGGUAUGGAGGUGGCGGCUACGGGGGAGGCUAUGGAGGCGGCUAUGGUGGCGGCUACGGUGACCAGAUGGGAGGCUACGGUGGUGGCAAUGGUUACAGUGACUUUGGCAGUGGAUACGGUCAGCAGUCGUCGGGCUAUGGGCCCAUGAAAGGUGGAAAUACCUACUCUGGCCGGAGCAGUGCCCCCUACUCACGAGGUGGCGGCGGUGGCUACGGUGGCAGAGGAGGCUACGGCGGCGCGUAUAAUCCCGUACUAGAUAGAGGUAACCUCAUUGUUCAGAGAACGCUUAAAAUGGAAAAUCAGCUCUGCAAGCUCUUCGUCGGUGGGCUCAACGUCCAGACCACAGACGAGGGACUCCGAAAACAUUUCGAACAAUAUGGCGAGUUGACAGAUUGUGUAGUAGUUCAGAAUCAAACUUUAAAACGCUCCCGGUGUUUCGGCUUUGUGACCUACUCCACGCCGGAGGAGGCCGACGCGGCUAUGGCUGCAAGGCCUCAUGUCCUGGAUGGAAACAACGUUGAAUUGAAAAGAGCGGUAGCACGGGAAGACGCAGGGAAACCCGAGGCACUCGCCAAAGUAAAGAAAAUAUUCGUAGGUGGUCUUAAAGAUGAUAUCGAGGAAGAGCAUCUCCGCGAGUGUUUUUCGCAGUUUGGUGCAAUAGAAAAGGCUGAAGUCAUCACCGAUAAAGAGACCGGCAAGAAGCGUGGAUUCGGUUUCGUGUACUUCGAGGAUAACGACUCUGCAGAUAAAGCGGUUGUAUUGAAGUUCCACACCAUUAACGGGCACAAGGUGGAGGUGAAAAAAGCUCUCACUAAACAAGAGAUGCAAGCCGCUGGUGGUCGUGGCGGACGGGGAAGAGGUGGCCGUGGAAUGGGAAGAGCCCAGAACGGGUAUGGCGGCGGGAGGGGUGGUGGCUAUGGUGGAAACUACGGUGCUGGUUAUGGAGGCAAUGAUGGCGGAUACGGUGGUGGCUAUGGAGGUGGCUAUGGCGGCGGGUAUGGGGGAGGCUACGGAGACCAAAUGGGAGGCUACGGCGGCGGUAACGGCUACAAUGACUUUGGAAGCGGCUAUGGCCAGCAGCCCUCUGGCUAUGGGCCAAUGAAAGGUAAUUACUCUGGCAGAAGCAACGCUCCUUACUCCCGCGGUGGUGGUGGUUACGGCAGGGGGGGUUAUGGAGGCUCAUAUUAAGUGCCAGUUUAAGUCUCACACAAAGAACAGCUCCAUCCCCUAGCCAAAUGCAAAUGACCUCAUAGAGGUGCCAAUCGUAGUAGACCCGGGCCGUCCUAUUACGGCACGGACAUGACUGGAACACUGAACCAAGCCCGUUACAGUUCUUACAAGAAUCAACUAAUCCAGCUGGUCCUGAUGUAGGUAGGGUGUUCCUUACCACCAAGAAUGCUAAACCAGCGAUCACCGUCAUAUAGCAGUACCUCCCAACUUAACUAGAUGGAAUUUCCUACACGUUAUAGGACUAUUCUCCUGGAUGAUUAGGGUACUUUGUGUGAAUUUCUAUGGGUGGGGACAGACAUACAGUUGUUAGUGCUUUUUUGUUUUGUUUUGUUUUUUCCUCAAGCGUAUUAUGUCCAUUGAAAAUAAUUUUAAGAUUAGAACUCUUGCUUGUUAGUCGAGGCAUGUUAUUUUUGCAUUAGCGUAUGUAUUGUAACUAUUGCCAUUUUCUUUUAAAUAUGUGUUUCAGUUUAUUAAUUGUUGAUUCUGGGAUCCCAUGUUUGACUAGAAUUAGCCAUACAGUUAAUUAUCGUGAACAUGAUUUAGUCCUUUGUUCUGCAUCUAACGAGGCAAGUCGGCAAAUGGAGCAUUUCAGAAGUGGUGUAUUUUUGCCCCAACACAAUGACUUAAGUAUUAGAUGGAAUCCCUACACAGAGCUCUGUUCUGACUCAACGAAAAUGACAUCAUACGCAGCAUGUAUAAGGACUAGGUCACGUUUGUUUUGAACCAUUUUAGGUUCACUACCGUUGUUGCUGAAGGUAUUCAACAUCCGUUGUAGUGCUAUACAUGUGACUUCCAAAUAGUGUUAUGUUUAAUAGUUGAAUAGUUAUCGUUUGUAUGAACCAACUGUUAGCAUUAGUUGUUACAGUGCAUUUGUCCUGAGCUCGAGAUUUCUGAAGAUGCGAACUUUUUUCCAGUUUUUACUAUUUCCAGUAACAGUGAUACAAAAGAGCGUUUCCGAAUCAUUAAGAAAAGUUACCAUAUGCAUUUGUUUUAUUGUAAUCUUGGUACACAGAUUAAUCUAUUAAAUAUUGUUUCAGAUACCGGUAAAUUGUAUGUAUUUCCAUGAAUAAACCUUUUUACA